AUGCAUCCAAGCAAGCCAUCAACGUCCGUCGCAACGGCUACUCCGAUCACAGCCGGUAAUUCGAUUGUAAUUAGUGGCAUUGCUGGGAAGUACCCGCGGUCAGAUAGUGUGGGGCAUUUUGCCGAAAAUCUUUACAACAAGGUAGAUUUGGUCGACGACAAGGAAGACCGAUGGAGACAUCUGUACGCGGGCAUUCCGAAGCGUCUCGGAAAGUUGAACAAUCUGGGCAAAUUCGAUGCCGAGUUCUUCGAUUGCGGUUUUCAAGAGACGCACACUAUGGACCCACAACAGCGAUUGCUGCUGCAGCAUUGCUACGAAGCCGUCAUAGACGCUGGGCUGCAUCCGGAUGACAUCAGAGGCUCCCGCACGGGGGUGUUCGUUGGAGUGUCAAUUGCCGAGACGGAGAUCUACUGGACGUACAAGAAGACAAAGUCACCUUACAAUCGGUCCAUCUUGGGAUCUGUGCGGAGUAUGCUGGCCACUAAGAUAGCUUAUGCGCUAGAUUUGAGAGGGCCUACCAUGGCGGUGGAUACGGCGUGCAGUAGCUCGAUGUAUGCGCUCGAUUGGGCUUGCAAAGCUAUUCGAAGUGGGCAAUGUGAUGCCGCCAUUGUUGCCGGUACCAAUCUGACGCUGCAUCCGUACAUCACCCUGCAGUUCGCGCUGCUCGGAGUACUGGCAGCAGAUGGAUUUUGCAGACCGUUUGAUAAGAACGCAUCCGGAUAUUCUCGUUCGGAAGCAAACGCAGUGAUCCUGCUUCAGAAGGCCAAGGAUGCGAAGCGUAUCUACGCGCACGUUGUCAACACCAAAACGAACUGCGAUGGGUACAAACUCGAGGGCAUUACAUUCCCGUCGAACAAGAUUCAGAAACAACUGUUGGAUGAACUCUACGCUGAGGUGCCUUAUGACCCGAAGGACAUCAGUUAUGUGGAGGCGCAUAGCACCGGAACCGUCGUAGGGGAUCCGGAGGAAUGUGACGCCAUCGAGAAGGUGUUUUGCCCAGAUAGAACCGAACCUUUGCUCGUCGGGUCAGUUAAAUCAAACAUCGGACACUCGGAAGCCGCCGCAGGCAUUUGCUCCGUCACCAAGUGCAUCAUCGCAAUGCAGAACUGUCUCAUUCCACCGAACAUUAACUACACGGAACCCCGAACCGACGUUCCGUCGCUGUUGAACGGUAAGCUGAAAGUUGUUGAUCAUCCUACUCCUCUCGGAGGGCCAUUAGUGGCGGUAAACUCGUUUGGAUUCGGUGGCGCAAAUGCCCACGCAUUGCUACACAACUGCCGGAAGCAGAAGGUCAACGGUGGUUUUCCUACGGACAAUCUGCCACGGUUAGUCGUUUGGGGUGGCCGAACGGUGGCUGCAGUAGACAAUUUUCUGGAAAGCCUUACUGGCAAGAGCUACGACGCGGAACAUUACGCACUGCUGCAUAACAUCCAACGAAAGGAUACACCCAAAAUGAUCACUAAAGGAUACGCUAUUUUUGGAGGUCACAAAGAUGGAACUGCUGAGCAGCUUUUCAAGGCUUCUUCGAUGACUAUUCCGAAGAAGUACAACGUUCCUCCCAUUACGCUUGUUCUUGGGCAGUUGGGAGCCAAUUGGCAGGUUGCAGUCGAGGCAUUCUCUCAAUUUCCCGAGUUCACCCUCAGCACAAAGGAGUGCUUGCAGGCCAUAAAGGAAUGUGGCUUCGAUGCAUUCGAUCCCACCAAACAAACGGAUGAUCCAGUUCAGCAUAUCUUGUGGACGUUCAUCGCCCACGUGGGCAUCUAUCGAAUGAUGCAAAAGACAGGUCUUAUUAUUGACCGCUGCGCUGGAUAUUCUGUUGGUCAAAUUGCGUGUGCCUACUUUGAUGGAGUACUAUCGUUGCAUGAUGCCCUUCGAGUGGCCUACGCACAAGGAUACAUCAUUAAGGCGCAUCGGAAAGAAAACACCUACAACUACAGCGCCAUUUCGUCAAACAAACAACUCGGCACUAAGCUGACAAAGGUGCUAAAACCAUUGCGACUACGUGCGGCAACGGAGAAAUGGACCAACCCUUGCCAGCUACAGUCAUUCGAGAUGUUUGAUCCAACAGCGUGCAAAUCGUUGUUAGAAAUGCUGCAAAAUGAUACCAUUGUUUUGGAUCCCCUAAAGGAUGCGUUCCCAGCUGCUAGAGACAUUGUGAAUAGCUUCCUUAAAACCCUUGGCCGAGCAUUCCUAGGAGGCCAUCAACUAAAUCUGCUGUCACUGUAUCCUUCGAUCGAGUUUCCCGUUUCACUUGGUACCUCCAUGAUUUCGCCGUACCUUGAGUGGGAUCACUCUGCCGAUUGGCAUGUCACAAACUUCCGUACGACCCGCAUGGUGGAUCAAAGCACGUCCGAGUAUGUAAUUUCGCUCACAGAGCAGGACUACAUCGCUGGUCAUUGUAUUGACGGAAGAAUCCUCAUUCCGGCCACCGGCUACUUGUUCUUUGUUUGGGAUUCCUUUUCCGGCAAAAUGGGCAUCAUUCCGGAGGAGAUGCCGGUCGAAUUUUCCGACAUUGAAUUUUUACGAGCUACGACACUUGUCGGAGAUCAGCAGGUGACACUAACGGUCGAUCUGAACGAAGUAACGGGCAAUUUUGAGGUGCGUGAAGGUACAGCUCUGGUGGUAACGGGCCGUAUCCAGGCAUUAACUAACUAUCACCCACGGGCUAUGGAACACAAAAAGACAAAUUCCAUUAUAUUGCCAUGCAAGGACUUUUACAAGGAACUUCGCCUGCGAGGAUACCACUAUGCAGGGUUCUUUAAAUCUGUCAUUGAAUCAGCCAGCGAUGGUUCGUAUGCGAAGAUCGAGUGGAAAUAUAACUGGACAGCGCUCCUGGAUUGCAUUUUACAAGUCGCUAUUAUUGCUGUUGAUUCUCGUUCGCUGGUCAUUCCUACGCGCAUCGAAUCCAUCAAAAUCGACCCUAUUCAACAUAAGGCCACCGAUCAAACCGCUGGUUCCGGAAUUCCAAGCUACAAUGUAAGCUUCGAUAGCGGUAUGAAUUUGCUGCAAUGCGGUGCGAUUGAAAUACGUGGCCUCAAUGCAAGUACCAUUGCUCGCAGAUUGCCCCCGGGCGUGCCUGUGCUUGAAAGCUACAAGUUUCAGCCGUACUAUCCCGACAGCAGCAUGCAAUUGAACACAGCAGCAACGAUGAUUGUGCAGACUAUUCUCGAAAAUCAGGCCGCAUUAUUCUUUAAUGUAACGGAAAUGCACUCCGCGAAAAGAGAUCCCAUUCUUGCACUAUUUGGGGAAGCCAUUGGAGAUUUGCCCUUAGUGAAAGCACACCUAACGCUCCUCUCCAAUACUAAACCUGAACCGAUACCGAACGUCACAAUCUCGGAGGAUAAACUCAUGAAGCAGCGGAACGUGUUGCUCCUCAUUUGCGAGAACCUCUUCGCGGACGACGAGUUCAUUUCUGAUGCAAUCAACUGCCUCUCCGAUCAAGGAUUUAUUCUUCUCCGUGAAGCUCCAGGCUACCGUCUCCAGGAUAUCCAUCGACGACUGCAGCUCGUCAGUAUCAUCCCUGUAGAAGGCGAGACAUUCCUGCUUCUUCAGCAGAAGAAGUCCGCCAUGAAUACCUCUGCCGAGGCGCACGUUAUCAAUGUAUCUUCCAGCGAUCCUACUCUCUCGUGGCUAUUGGAAUUGAAACAGGAACUCAAAACGAAACCCAUCAUCCUCUACACCCAGCAUGAUCCUUCUUCUGGCAUCAUAGGACUGGUAAAUUGUAUUCGAAAGGAACCCAACAGCCAGAACGUGUCAUGUUUCUUCAUCGACGACUGCAGCGCUCCCCCGUUCGAUCCUAUCGAUCCGUUCUACAAAGACCAGAUCGACCUCGGCUUAGCGAUCAACGUCUAUCGUAACGGACAGUGGGGAUCGUAUCGCCACUUCAAGAUAUCCGAGCAGCCGAUCUGCGAGCCUACCACCAACCAUUGCUUUGCUAAUUGCGUCAAACCUGGUGAUCUUUCGUCCUUUACAUGGAUGGUUGGUCCACUAAGUGAGCAACCACCUGUAGCUCCGUUGGUCCGGGUUGUCUAUAGUUCCCUGAAUUUCAAAGACGUCAUGAUUGCUACCGGAAGGCUGUCGGUUGAAACGUUCUACGUUGAUAGAUUGCAACAAGAAUGCGUAUUAGGAUUUGAGUAUUCAGGCGUUACUACUACCGGGAAACGUGUUAUGGGAAUCAUAUCCGCAGGCUCCAUGGCAACAAUAAUCGAAUCAGACUCAAUCUUCACUCUUGAUGUUCCCGAUUAUUGCACCUUGGAGCAGGCUGCAACCAUUCCCACGGUAUACGCUACAGUGUACUCGGCGUUCUUCAUUUGCUCCCAGAUUCGCAAGGGCAACACAAUCCUUAUUCAUGCUGGCACGGGUGGCAUCGGUUUGGCUGCCAUUCAGGUUUGCUUAGCCUAUGGCCUCGAGGUUUUUACCACCGUUAGUACCAAGGAAAAGAAGGACUUCCUGUUGAGCUACUUCCCUGGCCUCAAUCCUAAAAACAUUGGAAACUCUAGAGACAUCACCUUCGAGACACUCGUCAAGGAACGCACCAACGGACGAGGUGUUGAUUUCGUACUCAAUUCCUUGUCGGAGGAAAAACUGCAAGCUUCCAUUCGCUGUCUGGCCAGAGGAGGACACUUCCUGGAGAUAGGAAAGUACGACAUGAUGAAGGACUCCAAAAUGGCAAUGUCCUUCUUCCAAAAGGGAAUUACGUUCACUGCCGUGCUUGUCGAUUUGAUGUUCACAGAAAAACGAGAGCUUAUGCAAGCCGUGCAUAAAUUAAUGGUUAAAGACCUAGCUAAAGGCAUUGUCAAGCCACUUCCCACAACCGUCUUCAAGGCCCAUGAAAUCGAGCAAGCUUUCCGUUACCUAGCAACUGCUAAGCACAUUGGUAAAGUUGUUCUAAAGAUCCGGGACAACGAAGACGAUAUCGUGUCCGUACCGCUCUCCUAUCUCCCUCGAUUAUACUGCAAUCCUGAACAGAGUUUCGUCAUUGCCGGAGGUCUUGGGGGUUUUGGACUCGAGUUGGCCGAUUGGCUUAUCAUCCGUGGCUGCCGAAAACUGUUGCUUAGCUCAAGCAGAGGAAUCACCAAACCCUAUCAACAGUAUCGUGUCAACUUAUGGCAGUCGUACGGAGUUCAAGUGCGCAUCUCUACGGAGGACAUUUCCACCGAAAAAGGAUGCCGUCAACUGCUCCAGCAAGCUAUUCAAAUGGGACCCAUCGCUGGAAUCUUCAAUCUUGCCGUGCAGCUGCGAGACGCUAUCAUCGAGAAUCAGUCCGUGGACAAGUUCUCCGAAUGCCUUGCCCCUAAGGCGACCGCUACACAUCAUCUCGAUCUGAUCAGUAGAGAGCUGUGUCCCAUGUUGAAACACUUUGUCGUGUUCUCCAGCGUGUCGUGUGGUCGUGGAAAUGCGGGACAAUCCAACUACGGCAUGGCCAACUCCAUCAUGGAGCGCAUCGUUGAGCAUCGUGUUGCGCAGGGUCUGCCAGGAAAAGCCAUCCAAUGGGGCGCGAUCGGCGAGGUCGGUAUCGUAGCCGACAUGCAGGAGGAUAAAAUCGAUAUGGAAAUAGGCGGAACGCUGCAGCAGCGCCUGUCAUCCUGCAUCCAGGUGCUCGAUCACCUCUUAUCGACCGACGAUCCGAUCGUAGCCAGUAUGGUCGUUGCCGAGAAACGCAGCUCAAGUGGUGGUGCUAAAAACAUCGUCGAAGCCGUCAUGAACAUCAUGAACAUUCGCGACAUGAAGUCCGUUUCCGUCGAGAGCACUCUUGCCGACAUCGGCAUGGAUUCGUUGAUGGCCGUCGAAAUUCGACAAGUUCUGGAACGUGACUUUGAUAUCAUUCUUACGCCUCAGGAUCUUCGCACACUCACCUUCUCCAAACUACAGAAGCUUGCUGAUGCCAAAGCUGAGACCGAGACUGCUGAGGCCCCUACACAACAGUUGCAACUCGAGGAUUUGUUGGCCAGCUUCGGUGAUGAGGCCGCUAGCCAUCAUACCGUACUGCGAUUGCCUUCUAAAUGCAACGAUCUCGAGUACGAUCGGGCCGUGCUCUUCAUACCGGGUAUUGAGAGUGUCUGUAGUCCGGCCUGGACGAAGAUCGCCUCUGAAAUUGACGCACCUACAUUCGUGCUACAGACCUUCGCUAAGGCUACCGAUGAGCACACCAUUCAGGGCAUCGUUGAUAGCGUGUUCGACGAGAUGUUCGAGACGGUAUUCGCCAAGGCGGAACAGUUUUUGGUCAUUGGAUAUUCCUUUGGGGCACUUCUGGCCCUGGACGUUGUGAAGCGACUUGAAGGGCGAUCACUUAAAGGAAAGCUUAUGCUUAUCGAUGGUUCGCCCUUAUACCUCCAGCGGUUUGCCAGCCAUCAUCUUUCUGGCUUCGAUGAUGAACACUUGCAGAUGGCUAUUCUUACUCUCGUGCUGUCGUUCGCUUUGCCUUCGGUCUCCACAGAUAUUAUCAAGUCAAUCAUGAACGAAGCUACGUACGAAGAUCGAGUUACAAAAAUGAUCGACUUAGGACGCGAAAACAACACAUUUACGGAAGAAUAUACGCGGAAGAUGAUGCGUAUUUUGUUCUUCCGGUUAAAAGCCGCCAUGAAUAUGAGUACGGAGGUUAAAGAUAAGCUGGAGUCACCAUUAGUACUGGUACGUUCAGGAAUGAUCACCGAUAUUGAAGAGGAUUACGGAUUGAGUGAUUUUACCCAAUCGUCUUUCAUCUUGAAAAUCAUAGAAGGAACACACCAGACCAUGCUAUCUAAUAUGGAAUUGGUGGAGAUAAUCAAUAAGGAUACACUGUAA